AUGCCUCUCAUAAAAGCCGAAUCUACCAAGGACUCGCAUGUCGACACCUUACAGCAAACUCGCACGCAGGGAAGCAUCCAGAUACCUGCAGAUCUCCUUGAGCAACUUUAUCUUUCCCCUGAGACUCGUGUGAAGGGUAGGCUUAGGCAGACAUUUGGCAAUCCAACGCCUGUAGCCUUGGGGGGCUUCCUCGUUUGUGCAUCCGCACAUUCCAUGACGCUGCUGGGUUGGCAAGGCGCCAGUGGUCUGGGUGGGGCGAAUUUAGGCUGCUUCCUCUAUGUCGGAGGUGCUAUUCAGUUUCUUGGCGCUAUUGGAGAAUGGGUUCUCGGAAAUACCUUUUCGACAGUUGUCUUCUUCACGUUCGGUGGCUUCUGGCUGACCUAUGCCACCGCAAUAAACCCUAACUCCGGGGCGUCUGCGGAAUAUUCGCCGAAUCCCCAUAAUCCUGCCUUGGGUCUCUCAGAACCUGGUUUCUUCGCUACUUUCGGCUUCUUUCUGGUUGCUAUGACGCUUGUCAUUUUUUUCUUUGCUAUCGCUAGUGUCCGAACAAAUUUGGUUUUUUUCACAGUGUUUCUUACACUAAUUCCUACCGUGGCUUGUCUUUCAGCAGCAUUCUUUGCGCUAGCGCAUGGUGAUGCUGCCACGGCUGCCACAUGCGAGCACGUUGGUGGCGGGUUGCUACUUGCUGUCGCAUUCCUGGGCUGGUAUAUCUUUCUAUCUCUCCUUUUGCUAAGCGUGGACUUUCCCAUUCGGCUGCCUAUGGGAGACCUGUCAACCAGAAUUCAAGGGUUUAACCAGAGACAAAAAGCCCAUAGCAACCCCGAAGAAAGUGUCUAA